AUGGCGCACUACACAAUGGACGGCAAGACUGACAUGGCCCUCGACGAGGUAGAUCUGAGCACCGCCCUCGCCGAGGUCAACAAUGAGGGCAAACCAUACAAUCCAGCAUACGACCGCCGCGACAUGCAUCGUCUGGGCCGGGUGCAGGAAGUCAAACGGCGCUUUCGAUUCUUCUCGCUGGUGGGCUACAUGGUCAUCCUGGCGUCUACAUGGGAGUUUGCACUGGUCACAUCUGUGUUCGCGCUCAGCAAUGGAGGGACUGCAGGCGCUAUAUGGCUCACGCUUAUUGCUUGCUGCGGGAUGUGUCUCUCCUGUCUUUCGAUGGCUGAAAUGGCCUCGAUCUCGCCCACCGCUGGUGGACAAUAUCACUGGGUCAGCGAGUUCGCACCUCCCGCCUACCAGAAGCCGUUGUCGUAUGCAGUUGGCUGGCUUUGCGCACUUGGCUGGCAAUCGGCUAUGCCGCUGAUAUCGUACACUGCUGCACAGCAGGUCGUGGCCUUGAUCGCCACUUGUGAUCCAGAAUAUACAUCACAGGGGUGGCAAGGCGCACUUCUUACUAUCGCAUUUGUGGUAUUCGCGAUACUGUUCAACAUGUUCGCUAUCAACAAAAUGCCACUGAUCGAAGGCCUCGUGGUCGUUAUCCACCUAUUCGGCUUCUUCGCCUUCGUGGUGAUAUUCUGGGUACUGGGACCACGAGAACCAGCAAGCCGUGUUUUCACCGAGUUUCAAGACCAAAAUGGCUGGGGCAGUUACGGACUUGCUACUCUGGUAUCCGUGGUUGGACCAUCGGCUGCGCUGAUUGGCGCAGACGCCGCUGUGCAUUUAGCUGAAGAGCUAAAGGAUGCGGCGUACAUGCUGCCUCGUGCGAUGAUAUCGUCGGCGUUGAUCAACUAUGCUACUGCGUUGACCAUGAUCAUAUCCUUGGUCUCCGCAAUCGAUCCCGAUGUGCUCGACGAUAUCUUGGCCACGACGACAGGCCAGCCAUGGGUUGCUGUCGUGCGGAAAGUCACUGGCUCGCAAGCGGCAACGAUCGCUUUGACCGUACUUAUGUGCUUCCAAUUCACCUUUACAUCAAUCAACCAAGCGACGACUUCUUCACGGCAGUUGUGGGCGUUCGCGAGAGACAAGGGUGUUCCUUUCCAUAAGUUUCUUUCGAAGGUCAGUCCCAGAGACGGUGUACCACACAAUGCUGUAUUCGUGACACUCGGCUCAACGGUAGUCUUCAGCAUGAUCAUCAUCGGCAGCACAAUCGCCUUCAACAUCAUCCUCUCCAUCUGCAACGUCGCCCUGAUCGUCACGUACAUCAUCGCCAUCGCAACCCUGUUCGCUAAGCGCCUGCGAGGCGAGAAGCUGCCGGUCUCUCGAUUCAAUCUCGGCAGGGCUGGCAUCUUCGUCAACGCUGGGGCGCUGUGCUGGCUUCUUGUACUUGCCACAUUCCUUUUCUUCCCAUCUGUGCCAAAUCCGACAGCUCAGUCGAUGAACUGGGCAUGUCUAAUGUUUGGCGUAAUGGUCAUAUUCGCAUUCGUGUGGUACGUGAUUCGCGGAAGACACGAGUACGACGGUCCAGUGGAGUAUAUUCGCAAAGACAUAGAGUGA